AUGCGGCUUAAUGGUAACGCGCCAAGGUUCAGAUUGGUGCGCGCCCGUGGAUGUACACAGCCUCCCCCAGGGCGGCGUUCGAUCCUUGCAGUCGCGUCGCCGGCGUGGCCCGGACACGUCCCGGACAUAGCCAUAACGAAGAGUCCAUGUAGUGACCCCACUCUUUCCUUCCCACCCGAAGGAAAUACAGUGGAGCGCGUUCAUACAAUUUCGCGUUUC